CGGUGGUGGUCAUUAGCGCCGUGGGACCCAGGCCGCGCGUUAAUUAGUGUGCGCGCGCGCCUUACCUACCGGUUGCAUCCCGAUGUUACGUCGCACGAGCGACGGACGAGCACGGACGGCACUCCAGGGCGCGCCGAGAAUCUCGUCGUGUGCGCCGCGCCGCCGCGCGCCGUGCUUGUCCUCGUUACCGGAAUUCGUUUGCGCCUGUUUCGAGGACGAUGACAGAGGGAAAGAGAACACAUACACACACACAUACACACAUAAAGAGAGAGGGAGUCGGCUCGUUAACAGAAACCUCAAUUGCGCGAGGCUCGGCCAUUCAGGGGAGGAGGUCUGUCGUCGAUCGGCGGCUCCUCGCGCAGGUCACGACGAAAAGCCUCGCAGUCGCCGCGGCGCGGCGUGGCUCUUACCUUUGACUCUGGGAUACGCUGGGAUGAGCAAUUAAUUACCGCAGAUUCCGGCGACCUUUGCGACACCGUCGACGGGAACUCGCGUCGGAUCAAUUAUGGACUCCAUGCUUGCAUGUAGAGCGCUUCCUCUCCUCGCCGUUUCUUCUAUCUUCCCUGAGCUCGCGUGCGCGUUCGGGGAUUCACCAGAGAGACCGCGUCGUCGCUUCUUCCGCGAGAGGCAUCUGUCGGUCAUUCACGUUGCGGGGCGAGAUUCGAUCCAGCGUGAUCCAGCCAAGCGGUGAGACAGCACGACAGCACGACACCAUGGCGUUCGCCGGGCUCAAGAAGCAGAUCAACAAGGCGAAUCAGUAUAUGACGGAGAAGAUGGGCGGGGCUGAGGGGACGAAGCUCGACGUCGACUUCGUGGAUAUGGAAAGGAAAACAGACGUCACCUGCGAGCUCGUGGAGGAGUUGCAGAUAAAGACGAAAGAAUUCCUCCAGCCGAAUCCAACCGCGAGAGCGAAGAUGGCCGCGGUGAAGGGGAUCAGUAAGCUCAGCGGUCAGGCGAAGGCCUCGACCUACCCUCAGCCGGAGGGUGUACUCGGCGAAUGCAUGCUCACCUACGGCAAGAAAAUGGGCGAGGACAGCAUUUUCGCCCAGGCUCUCAUCGAGAUGGGCGAAGCCAUGAAGCAGAUGGCCGACGUGAAAUAUUCUUUGGACGAUAACAUCAAGCAGAACUUCCUCGAGCCGCUACACCACUUGCAGACCAAGGAUCUCAAGGAAGUGAUGCAUCACCGGAAGAAACUGCAAGGUCGUAGACUGGACUUUGAUUGCAAACGAAGACGUCAGGCGAAAGUGACUGGGAAGAGAUCCGGCAGUCCGCAUUUCGGAAGUCCAGCGCGAUCGAGCACCUCGUCACCGUUUGCUGGUUCUCACGUUUCAGACGACGAGAUCCGUCAGGCCGAGGAGAAGUUCGCGGAGAGCCUUCAUCUCGCGCAAAUGGGCAUGUUCAAUUUGCUGGAGAACGACGUCGAGCAAGUGGCGCAGUUGGCGACCUUCAGCGAGGCCCUCCUCGAAUAUCAUCAACAGUGCACCGACGUCCUCAGGGUGCUGACGGAAACGCUUCUGGAUAAGAAAGAAGAGGCGGUGAACAGACCGAAGAUGGAGUUCGUGCCGAAGACGCUCGCGGACCUGCACGUGGAAGGAUUGUCGGCGUCGGACAUGAACGGUGGGAACUUCUCACUUCACGGGGCAAGUCGAGCCGGCUCUCCGAUUCAUGCGGACGGGAAGCGCUCGCAGCUCGAGCUAUUUCCGGCCGGAAACCCACCACAAUCUACCAAUGCUUCACCUCUGCCCUCACCGAGCAAAUCGCCAGCGAGGACGCCGAUAAUCAGAAUACCGUGCUGCACAGCUCUCUACGACUUUGAGCCUGAAAAUCCCGGUGAACUUGGAUUCAAGGAGAACGACACGAUCACCUUGACCCAGAAGCUCGACGAGAAUUGGUUCGAGGGCAGCCUGGACGGCCGCAUCGGUUACUUCCCCGUCACCUACGUGCAGGUCGUAGUGCCAUUACCCUAGAACGACGCCGCGCAUCUCGAAGCCAAAGACCCAGCAUUCGUUCACUAGCGUCUACCAAGGGAUUAUAUUCUACUCUUCAGCUAGCCUAAAAGACACCCGAAACUACUACCCCGUUCUCGAUCGACGAGUCUAUCUACCUACUACUUACUUAUCACUUGCGUUACAGCCCUCCGCAGUGUCCCUACGAUCUACUUCGAUAUCUACUUCGACUCCCGACUCCGAGAAUAGCCUGUAUUACGCAUGUUAAUGUACAUAUAUAAUGUUAUAGUGUCUUUUAUCGACGUAAGGACCUUCGCGCGCGCAGACACACACGACAUGCAUACUCAGAAAAUGUGCAUAGAUACAUAUAGACGUAUUAUACACAAAGACACAUCGACACACAUGCCGCUUACCUCAAUAAGACACACACACACACACACACACACACACACAUUAAAGUACCUAUGAUAGCAGUUCACUGUCAAGGGCGGCUCUCUCCUCAUCUUUUUUCUUUUUUACAUUUUUUUAUUACGCUUCGCCCUCCCCCCCCCCACACACACACAGUUUCGAAAUUUUUUUCACUACUUACAGUUCGAGUGCACAAACAAGAAAGAACAAGAAAGGAAGGGAAAAACAAACACGGAAAAGGAGAAAGAAGAAAUGUCGAGCCGAGUCGAGCAUACGCAUGAUGGGCCGAUUGAUUAUGGCAGAGCGCGAAUUUCACCGAAACGUAGUUCCCCCUCUGAGAUCCGAUUAUAGUUACGCUCAACGUGCGCAACGCGCGUUGUUCGUCUCGUUCCUCGUAAGCGAGCCGAGGCUCUCUCGGUGUUGUUUGUUUCCUAUUUUAGCGAAUCCAGCACUUCAUCCGCACAGGCAGGAUAUCGCGCCCGCGCGAUCGUCCUGCCUGCGCGAUGGGGUCAUUCGGAUGGGGUGAGAUUGUUCCAGCAUUACAUUUGAUUUCUCUCGCUAACUGAACGACAACACUGAACGUUUUAGUAACGACGUUAGUCAAUCGCGUUGUCGCGUCGUCCGUCGACAUCUCGAAACCUAGUUGAAUUUUUUCCUUCUACUUAUACGAUAGACGCUUUACGAUUAAAACGAACAAAAAAAAGAGAGAUAAAUUGCUAAUCGAAGCUAUUUAAUUCACUUUGGAGCAACGUCGUAAUUUAAUCCCUAUGAGAAGACAAUUGGACAUAUUGAACUUCUGAUGUAAAGGCUAAAGAAAUUCACGUCACUUUCCAAAUAUAACACACACAUAUAUAUAUAUAUAUAUGUUACACACACACACACACACACAUAUAUAUACGUAUACAUAUACAUUUACAUGCACCGUCGCAUGUUGGAUGAAACGAAUUUUGAAACUCUUUUCUUUGAUCGGUGCGAUAGUUUAAUCGUCACGUGACCGAACGUGAAUGUCGCUGGAGCAAUCUUUUGCAUCGAGUUGCGCAUAAGGGGAAACUCGCGGCCGCCGAAUCGUGCAGGUUUCCUCCUGUGGCUCGUUUAAUCGUGAAAAGCGCAUGACUUUCUUCGUGACUUUUGGUUCGAUCAUACUCAAUCGUACGUACACACACAUGUUUCUUUUUGCGUUGGUCCAUGCGGCGCAGCAAAACUCGUUAAACUCGUGCAAUGUACUCGUAUGAUAAUAUUAUAGCGAUUCCUUUUCAUUUCUCGGUCGAUUGACCGUUCUUUCGGCCG